CUGUUGUGUUACAGGAUGAUUCUGUGAACGCCUUUAGAAAAAAACAACCCUGGUCACAUCACGACCGUUUUACUGGCUGUGAGACCACCACUGUACUGGCUUCUGUAACAUUUCUUGGUUUUCUUUCUAGACCUGAACUAGUUAUUUCCUACUUGCCUCCUGGGAUGGCUAGUAAAAUAAACACUAAAGCUUUGCAAUCCCCCAAAAGACCACGAAGUCCUGGGAGUAAUUCAAAGGUUCCCGAAAUUGAGGUCACUGUGGAAGGCCCUAAUAACAACAAUCCUCAAACCUCAGCUGUUCGAACCCCUACCCAGACUAAUGGUUCUAACGUUCCCUUCAAGCCACGAGGGAGAGAGUUUUCCUUUGAGGCCUGGAAUGCCAAGAUCACGGACCUAAAACAGAAAGUUGAAAAUCUCUUCAAUGAGAAGUGCGGGGAAGCUCUUGGCCUUAAACAAGCCGUGAAGGUGCCGUUCGCAUUAUUUGAGUCUUUCCCGGAAGACUUUUACGUGGAAGGCUUACCUGAGGGUGUGCCAUUCCGAAGACCAUCGACUUUUGGCAUUCCAAGGCUGGAGAAGAUACUCAGAAACAAAGCCAAAAUUAAAUUCAUCAUUAAAAAGCCUGAAAUGUUUGAGACGGCGAUUAAGGAGAGCACCUCCUCUAAGAGCCCUCCCAGAAAAAUAAAUUCAUCACCCAACGUUAAUACUACUGCCUCAGGUGUAGAAGACCUUAACAUCAUUCAGGUGACAAUUCCAGAUGAUGAUAAUGAAAGACUCUCGAAAGUUGAAAAAGCUAGACAGCUAAGAGAACAAGUGAAUGACCUCUUUAGUCGGAAAUUUGGUGAAGCCAUUGGUAUGGGUUUUCCUGUGAAAGUUCCCUACAGGAAAAUCACAAUUAACCCUGGCUGUGUGGUGGUUGACGGCAUGCCCCCGGGGGUGUCCUUCAAAGCCCCCAGCUACCUGGAAAUCAGCUCCAUGAGAAGGAUCUUAGAUUCUGCCGAGUUUAUCAAAUUCACGGUCAUUAGACCAUUUCCAGGACUUGUGAUUAAUAACCAGCUGGUUGAUCAGAGUGAGUCAGAAGGCCCCGUGAUACAAGAAUCAGCUGAACCAAGCCAGUUGGAAGUUCCAGCCACAGAAGAAAUAAAAGAGACUGAUGGAAGCUCUCAGAUCAAGCAAGAACCAGACCCCACGUGGUAGACCUCUUCCCUCCUAGGCUUAAAGUAUCAGUGGUUGAGAAGAGCUUUUCGGACGUGUUACUUCCCCAAGCUGUGUAAUAUACUUGUAUAACAGAAAUACCUUCUAUACAAACCUUUUUUUCUACUUUUAGAUAGAAAUGUCUACUUUUUCAGCAGUUCUGUGAAUUAAAGAGCAGAGUGACUGUGGGUCUGGAAUGGCUGGUGUACUUGGGAAUGUAUUAUCAGGAUUUUACAGCAAUGCUGGGAAACGACAGGGAAAAUGACAGGAAUGAAUCUCACCAGAUUUUUUAUGUACUCAGCAGAGCCUUGAGUUACGGUGUUUAUUUUCCAAUCAAGUGAAGAUAUCUCCUACUGGAACAUCUCAGCUUCUGCAGUGAAGAAAAAUUCCUGUGAUAGUUCAGUUCUUUAGUUUUUCUAUUUGAAAAAAAAAAAAAAUCAUUUAAAUGAUCUUUUGUUCACGGCUCUCCUUAAUGACUGAGUGAACAGUUCCUAUCUGUAUAUUUGACUAAACCUUUUCCUAAGCUAUCUCUCAUGGUUCCUAUGUUUUUUUAUCAUAAUUAAAAGCAAAACCAUCUGGAUCACCUAACAGUCAGAGGUCAGUAUCUCAGCGUGUGAAUUACAGAGUAAAUACAGAGAGAACCUCUUCCACUUUUACUUUUCGUCCAAAUAAAAUGCAUGGUGUACCAGAAGUUGAAGAUCGGGUUGAGGAUUGGGGCUAGCUCGAUGACACUAAGGCCCCGACAUCGCGGGACGGGACCUGCUGUGGCGUGGAUUCUUAGGAACGCGGUUCUAGCCGGCCCCCUCUCCAGGGCUCGCCGUGGCCGGCGUUACUUCCUAGUUCUUCUUGUAACCCUGAGGUGCCAGCACGGGGAGGGAGGAGGGAUCAGGGGGCUGAGGAUGCAACCUCUGACGUUCUGCGCCUUCCUAGGAGAGUCUUACAUGUGUUGAGAUUUCACAAGCAAUGCGAGUUGUAAAAUACCAGCUCUACAAGAAGCUAGGCUCUGUGACAGCAUAGUUCUCAGUAGCUUUAUCACAAUAUUCACAAUGGAGAAUUAUAUGACAUGGUAGCAGAAAUAGGCCCUUUUAUGUGUUGCUUCUAUUUUACCUCAAAUUGUAGAUAUAGGGUAAUCAAUAAAAUCCAUCCAUGCCUUUCACACACUAA